AUGAGCUACCUCACCUCGGACGUCGCCGGAAUUCUGCCGAGGUGCCCGCUGCCGUCCGCUGACCAGGAGCUGGCGGACACCACGAGCGGCCUCGACGUCAUCUCCGAGGUUCCCGCGACGUGCUGGGCGCAGAUCGCGUCCGCUGGUUCCGCCGCCGCCGCGGGCGACCCCUGCUUCCUGACGCCCAGCGACGGUCGGAGGAAGCAGAAGAGGUUCUCGGCUGAUAUCGUCAACAGUCGUCCAACCACGAUGGCGAUCAUCGGCAUUGUCGUCCAGGACCAGUCCGCGGGUUGGAAGGCCGUGGCCGGCGAGCCCUGCCUCCAGGUGCCAACGUCCAUCGACGCUGAGGAUAAGCAGAAGAAGUUGGCGGCCGAGACCGCCAGCGCCCGUCUGGACAAGAUCGCGAUCAUCGGCGCGUUCAGGGGUCCCAGACAGAUACUUCCUAUAACGCUGUUGUAUGCGCACCUCGCCGAGAGCUUCCCCUGGGCGCCUGUGUCGUCUCACCGGGGCCCCGCUUCCCCGCCUUGCCCCCCCGACGGAGGGGGUGAGAAGCAGAAGACGUCGACGGCGGGAAUCGCCGGUGCUCCCCCGGCCAUCGCUGUGCACCUCGCCGAGAGCUCUCCUGGGGUGCCCGGCUCGCCCCGACAGGCUGCGGCCGCCGCGAGUCGCCCCUCCGACGGAGAAGAUGGCGCAGAUGAUGGCGUUGGCGCCGGGGGCCGCCGACGCCCCCCCAACCGUUGGUUGUGGCCCUCAGGACAGCGAUGUUGA